CGUCAGCACGCUACGCCUCGCGCCAAAUCCGUCCAGUGCGGAAGGCGCGCGAUAACAAAACAACAGAAGCAGCAGCAGCAGCUCAGUGUUGGUGUUUCUUCUCGGCUGUUUAGAUAUAUGUCAAUGGUUUAGACCAACUCUUCCCCUCAGAAUGUCUCAGCAGGCGGGAUACUCACCCAGCUUCAAGCGACCGGCGGACAUCAUGCGAAUGAGGAGGAAAAGAAGUCGAAGCGAGGCCGGCCAGGGCUCCACUGGCAGCCCGGAACAGAGCGACUCAUUCCUGGCGGCAGGUGUCCGUCCCUUCUCCCCGGGGCCGCUGUUCAGCAGCCAGCCGCGCUCCGGAGGAAAACGCAGGAACCCGUUCGCUAACAUCGAAAACAGUUACAGCCCCAAAAAGAAAUGUCUCGUUUAUGACGAAGAAGCUGCGGACACUUCUUACAAGAUGAAGACAUGGACAGACAAAGAGGGACACGAGGACAUGUCAACAGAGACACGAGGAAGUUUAACGCUCAGCGAUAGGCUGACUGAGGCAGAACAACAGGAACAUGUCUCCAGCAAGAAGCGUCUCUUCUCUGGAGACGACUCUCUGUUUGAAGAGGAAGAGGAAGAGGAGGUUAAAGCUCCACUGCUGAAGAGUCCCCAGGCCAUCGCUCCGGCCUCCAUCUCCCCUCCUGUGUGCUCCGAGUACCCGGCCGACUGGAGCCUGAAGACCCGCCUCCUCUUCACCUCGCCGCUCACGCUGUCCUGGGCCGAGCAUCCCAGAGCUCAGGAGGAGGCUGCAGGGCUGAGUCAGCACUGCAGAGCUCACUUCCUGUCUCUGCCUCACAGUCUGCAGGACCCGCGGGUGUGCCCGGAGCUCCGCUGUGCCUUCCAGCAGAGUCUGGUGUACUGGCAACACCCCUCCCUGCCCUGGAUCUCUCUGUUCCCCCGGAUCAACGCAGACAGGAACUUCACGGGGAAGAGCACGCCCUGGGCACAGGACCGGGCUCUGCAGCAAAGCCUUAUGACUGAAUGGUCGGUGAGUCUGUCGUCUCUCUACAGUCUGCUGAAGGCCAGACUCUGUCCCUACUUCUACCUCUGCUCCUAUCAGUUGACGGUGCUGUUCAGGGCCGCAGGUCUCGGGGGCUCCAGCUCCAUCACUGCCUUCAUCUCUCCAACAACCAGGGGGCUCCGAGAGGCCAUGAAGGCUGAAGGUAUCGAGUUCAGUCUGCCUCUGGUGGAGAAGAGGAGCAGGAGCAAGGAACAACACAAGCUGAACGAGGAGAUGGAGUGUUGUGAGCUGAAUGAGGGCGAGGACAGUCUGGCAGCUGAUGAUGAAGAGGAUGGUGAUGAUGAAGAUGGCAGCUUCUCCUGGCUGAAGGAGAUGGGAGUCCAGGAUAAAAUCAAGAAGCCAGACAGCAUAUCCAUUCAACUUCGUAAGGAGGGUAAGACAGUGUGUGUUGACCACCGGCCCGAGUCGCUGGUGUGUGUGGACGGCUCACACACCUUCACCCUCAUCAACUUUCUGAUGAGCUGUAAGAGUCUGGUGGCGGCUGCCGGCUCCCAGGCUGGACUACCCCCGACGCUGCUGGCUCCCUGCGCCUUCAGAGGGGCCGCCAUGCAAACACUUAAGGCACGCAGUGUGAAUGUGAAGAGCCAAGUUGGUUCUACCUUCCAGAACAUCAGCAGUCUGGAGAUCACAGGACCGAUCCUUCCUUCGUCUCUCCACGCCAUCACUACUCUCCUACGACCUGCACAGAAAGGAAACUUCUCGGCUGCUCUUUACACACACACACCCACCGCCGUCAUGAACACACACACACCCACCGCCGUCAUGAACUCACAGACACCCACGCUGCAGCAGAGUCCUGUUGGGUCUGUGGACCUGUCCGGCUGUGGACUCCAUCCUGCUUCCCUCCAGCAGCUCCAGCAGACCUCAGGUCUGGGGAAGACGGCUCUAACUCACAUCUACAUGAACAACUACAGCUACACCUGGAAGAACUGACUGUCUGCUCCGAGUUUGUGUCAGUUAAUGAAUGCAUUUUUUAGUUGGCUUCUUUGAAAAUGUUUUUAAUUACUUGUAAUUGGUUUUAUU